CUUUUUAUAAGAACGCUUCUUUCACCUCCAUUCCUUCUCUUCUGUGCCUUUCUUGUUGGUCAACACGAGCGAUUUUCUAUUUAUUAUCAUUGUCAUCAUUGCUCAACUUCUCCCUCCCUCCCGCAUCCUCCUCUUUUUCCAUCCUUUCCUCUCUUCUUAUUCCCCUUCCCUCAGCAUUACAUAUCCUUCAUAGCCUCGUCUCCCCUGCCAUUACCGCCAUAAACACGCAUACCAUAUCCAUCCGACAUUUACAAUACACAUCAAUCACCAUAUGUCGAAUAUAUCACCCGCUGUCGACCAUCACCAAACGACGAUCGACAGUCUUACACAAGAGCUCAAGGUGCUACUGGACACGUUCUGUUCUGAUGCCCAGCAACGAUUUUGUCUCGAGCAACGCGUAGCCAGCCAACAGCAGCUGCAGCGUAUCAGACAAACCAUUCAACAUAUUCGCAACUCUUCCGAAUUCUGGACAUCGACUCCCAAUAGCGACAGCAUACGCCAAUCACUUAUGCGAACCUGCGUGGAAAUGCUCGAUUGCUAUCAAGCCGUCUGUCUACACCGUCGCAUCCGGGCAUUGCCCGAGGGACGAGCGCAGCAGCUCACGCUCGACUGGCAGCAGCUAUCGCAGUCAUUCGAAAUGAAGGCUAAGGAACAGGCCAACCUGGCCGCGCUCUUUGACAAUCUAAAAAACUUGCGCAAGGCAUGGAAGAAGCCGCGACAGAUCGAGCGGUUGUUGACCUCAUUACUAGUCACCUAUGAGCUUCGAGAAGGAGCCUAUGUCGUCGUGAUUGACAGCCACAACUACCACCAAUUGGGGCUGAAGCGUAAAGCAGUCGGUACGCGGCAGCUGGUAUUCGAGUGCAGUCGAAUGAGUCGACAGGAUCAGAUGGAUGAGGUGGCAGGAAUAUGUGAUCGGUUCGCUUCGGUGUUUGCUCAAAAUGCCCAGCACAACCUAGCACAAAUCGAAGCCCAAGUUCAACUCGCGCAGUUGACCUUGUUGGCAAAACGGCUACGAAAACUGCAGGAUCAGAUCUUUUAUUUCAGUAGCACGUCUCAGCAAACAGCAGGCAUGGUUGAUGAUGACAACGAUGACGAAGACGAUGUUAGUAGUAUCGAUGGGGAUAUUGGACGUAGCCAGAUCGAUCCAUUACCUGCACCAACAUCAGCAGCACAAGCAGCAGCACCAGCAGCACCGGCACCACCACCAUUCGUACCGUUUCGAUCGGUUGCACCUUCGUUAUGGUAUAUCCAGGAUGAAACAGGGAUCCAAGGCAUGCCAACGCCAUCCUUUAUCCCCUCCCCGUGGCAAUGGCCAGAUCUGUUACAAGUGCAUCGACCCUAUUAUCCAAUCCUUUUUGGGAUCAUCAAACGACGACGAGUACCUCGCCAAUCGCGAGUGCCUUUCUUUGUCCGGCUUAAAGGGGUAUUCUCGGCGAGAGCACGGUACCUGGCAACGACCGCUCCAACAACACCAGCGACCAUGGGGCCGCCUCCUACCCCUCACCGACAUUCACAACAGCACCAUCGCCACAGCAACACUACGAGCGCAACAGAAGAUGACAAUGAUAUGACGACAGCAGCAGCACAAGGUCAUCAAUAUCACCGGCACCAGCAUCAUCAUCAUCAUCAGGACGCAACUGGAUCGGGAGGAAGUGGGGAGGAUGAUUCAGCGGCAGCUUUUGCUAGUGUAUCCAUCAGCAAUCUUUGCGGACAUCUUUGUCGUACAGGGCGCCAGUUUUACGAGGAUGUCGCUUCGAAUGCACAAUUGAAGCAUAGUCAGGAUGGUCAUAUUCUACAGGAAAUCGGGCGUGAUCUGGUCGAGACAUAUGCGGCGAUCCAACUCGAGGCGUCUCGGGCUCUUAUGCAUCGAAUUUUGACCAUUCUGCAGGAUUUGACGGUUUUGGAUCACAGCCAGCAUGAUGAUUGGGAGGCGGUUGCGGCAGCCGCGGUAGCAGCAGCAGCAACAACAACUCGAGAUUCUUCUACUCGUGCACAACAACAGCAACAAUCAUCGUCUUUUAUCCCGGCACCAGCUGCAGACGAGGAUGAUGACAGUGCCGAAGGACAUCACCACCUUCAGAACGAUCGCCGUUCAAGCCGGAUAGAGUCUCAUAUUUCGCUACCAUCCGCUUAGUAUUACAAGGCUUCCCUCCUCCCCCUACUUGCUUCUUUGUCAUAUAAUGAGACACACAAACUACUUGUCUCUUUUUUAAUAUUCAUGCCAUCUACAAUGUUAUUUUAAAGUCACUUCCUUA